AUGAUUGUGGAUGACGGUGAGGGCAGCCACCAAGACGACUCAGUGGAUGAGUUGGAGAGACUCAGGCAACAAGUAGCAGAAUUGAACUUGAAAAAUGAGAAGCUUGACUUAGAACUGCAGUCCGCUAAGUCGUCUCGGGAUGUGAGUGUGGGUCUUUGCUCCAAACUGUGGAAAGAGCAAAAGACAUUGGAAGAGGAGCUCAGGCAGACAAAGGAAAGCCUGGUCCUGCACAAAUUUGACAUCCGUAGGUUCUCUGAGAAGGCCCACAUGGUGAAGCUCUACACCGGCUUCACGUCAUUUGACAUGUUGAUGGCAUGUUUUCACUAUCUGGAGUCAGACGCUGCUGAGAUGCAAGCUUGGAAAGGAUCGAGGACGAAGCUUGAUGGUGAGCGACUCGGGAGAAAGAAUGGUCCAUUGCCUAAACUCAGCCUGGAGAUGCAAUUCUUCUUUGUAUGUGUCAGGUUACGGCAAGGACUCGUGUUGGACGAUCUGGCAGAUCGAUUCAAGGUGGACAGUUCAACCCUGUCAAGCUACUUCACGUCAUGGGUGAAUUUGAUAUAUGUGACCUUUAAAGAAAUGCUGGUGUUUCCGUCUCGUCGGCGUAUCGACAAAGACAUGCCCAAAUCUUUCAAGAUAUACUACCCCACUACUAGAGUCAUUAUUGACUGCACCGAGUUUUUCAUCGAGCGGCCGUCCCGUCUGUCCACCAACAAUGCAGCAUUCUCGGCUUACAAAAAUCACACCACGUGCAAGUCCCUCAUUGGAAUCACUCCUAACGGAACUAUCUGCUUUGUCUCCACGUUGUAUGAGGGGUCAAUCUCGGACAGGGAUAUAGUCAUUGACUCGGGCUUCAUCUCACUGAUGGACCAUGGUGACUCAGUCAUGGCGGACAAGGGCUUCAACAUCCAAGACCUCCUUGCUCCAUACGGUGUCCGGCUGAACAUUCCACCAUUUAACACCAAGGCACAUCAAAUGCUCCCCCAGGGUGUUGUCAAAACGAAGUCCAUCGCUGCUGUAAGAAUUCAUGUGGAAAGAGCCAUCAACCGCAUCAAGCAAUAUCGUCUUCUGGAUGGUGUCAUUGACAACAAUUUAUUUGAUAUUCUUGAGCAAGCUGUCUUCUCAGCGUGUGUUUUAUGCAAUUACCAACCCACAUUGGUUGCUACCUGA